AUGAACAAAACAGUAUUACUGACUCGAUUAAAUAUUGAUGAAAAAUUCAUCGAGUGUAUAUAUUUAUUUGGUUCCCAUGCAUAUGAAACAGCAAGUGAACAACGACAAAGUGAUUAUGAUAUAAUAAUGGUAUUGAAAUCAAAUGCAUUCGAUACACAUGAAUUUUUUAAAUGGAAAAAUAUUAAUUGGUUGGUAAAACAUAAUUGGAUAAAUCCAAAAUUUCGUCAUUUAUUUUCUGAUCAAACAGAUAAAACAUGUUUUAUUGAUUUGGGUGAUCGAGAUGCACAAAUAUGGAUGUUUAAUAGAAAUACUUUUGAAAAACUUCUAAUAACAAAUACAAUGUUUGCUAUUGAAUGUACUUUUCUUCCAGAAAAAUUCAAAUGGAUUGAAAAAAAGAAUUUUUCGAAGACAUUUUCUAUUAAUAAUCAAAUGUUACAACAAUCAGUAAUAAAUCAUUCACGAUCUCAUCUUUUUAUGGCAUGUAAAAAUUUAACAGAAAUAUUAUUUCCAUAUGAAAAUAAUGAUAUAGAAACUCAAAAUACAAUUGAUACAUUCUCAAAAGAUCCAAUCUGGCAUGAGACAAUAAUACCUAAAAAUUAUAGUUUUUACAAAACAAAAAAAUUAAUAUGGCAUUCAAUGCGUUUGCUCUAUUUUGGUAUUAAUCUGAAACGUUUUGGUCAAUUGACGGAUUAUACAGCUGCGAAUUAUCUAUACGAAGAUCUUCUUGCCUUAGAAACACAUAAAUGGAUCGACUUUCACAAGAAAUAUAUUACAAUCUAUAAUCAAUUAACAAAUGAAUUUAUAAAUCCAACAGAAGAUACAUCAGAAAUAUUGAAUUAA